AUGGGGGACUGGAACUCGUUGGGGAAGCUGCUGGAGAGCGCCCAGGAACACUCCACUGUUGUGGGCAAAGUCUGGCUCACAGUGCUGUUCAUCUUCCGGAUCCUGGUGCUGGGGGCCGCCGCUGAGAAGGUGUGGGGCGACGAGCAGUCCGGCUUCACGUGUGACACCAAGCAGCCCGGUUGUCAGAACGUCUGCUAUGACAAGACCUUCCCUAUUUCUCACAUCCGCUUCUGGUCGAUGCAGAUCAUCUUUGUCUCAACGCCAACUCUCAUUUAUCUCGGCCACAUCCUUCACCUGGUCCGCAUGGAGGAAAAGGAGAAACAGAAAGAGAAGGACCAUGCCAUGCAGGGUGAAAAGCAAACCCAGGAGUUACUUGUCACUAAAGCCAAGAAGGCCUCAAUUAAAGACAACCAGGGCCAUGUUCGCUUGAAAGGCGCACUCUUGCGUACCUACGUCUUCAACAUUAUUUUCAAGACCUUGUUCGAAGUGUUCUUUAUUGUAGCUCAGUACUUCCUGUAUGGUUUCGAGCUCAAGGCAAUGUACACCUGCGACCGCUGGCCUUGCCCUAAUAUGGUGAACUGCUACAUCUCCCGACCCACUGAGAAGACGAUCUUCAUCAUCUUCAUGCUGGCCGUGGCCUCCGUCUCCCUGCUGCUCAACCUGGUGGAAAUUUACCAUCUAGGUUUAAAAAAGUGCCAGCAGGGCCUCCGUUACAGACGAUCACAUGCUCUUAGUGAGGCUUCCAAGACCCGAACUGAAGCCAUACCCUGUGUCCCAGAAUAUAGCUACUUUUCUGGGCAUCAUGCAGUGCCUGGACCUUUCCAUACGGAGCAAACUUCAGCCUUCAGCCCCUACAGCAGCAAAGUGGUCUUCAAGCAGAACAGAGACAAUAUGGCGGUGGAGAGACAAGGUCAAGAAGAGGAAGAUGAUAUGGAGGAGAAUAAACUCGCCAACCAGGCCUUAUUAGAGAUGCAAAAUCAGCAUAGAACUAGUUGUCAGUCGAGCAGGCAGAGCAGUCACAGGAGCCGGAUGGACGGCCUGAAUAUCUAG